CAUGUGAAUGCAUUUUACAAAAAAUCCCUCAAAAUAGCUUCCAUAUUUACAAUGACUGUGCAAUAAAAACAAUAAUGUUGGUUGGCUAUAUUGGGAGAAAAGACUCCAUCUUAAAAUAUGAAAAAUCUAUAGGACGAAAAACUUAGAAAGUUUUUUUGAAAUUGUGUUUGAUGCCAGAUUUAGAAACACCAGGAACUUUUAUUAGGAAUUUAUUUCCUCAUUCUAUCGGUUUUAUUAAAUCUAAAACAGUCUGAAUAUAAAUUUAAUCAUUUAAACGUUUCUCAGUGUAUUUGGAUAGAGAUAAGCUAUUCCCGGGAAAAAUCCGAUGCAUAUUUACUUUGGACAAGACAGCUUUAUUUAUUACAGCGAGCUCGAGAAAUGCACUCAUCCUUGCGCAUAAACGAAUGGCUUCCCUGUUCAGAACAAAAACAGAAAUGUGCUUUUCAUUGGAAAGACAAUGUUGUGUUUGAAAUGUCAUUGGGAAUUAAGUAAUGCUCUACCGGAUAAAGUAGAUAGAUCAGUCCAUUGGUAGCGAUAAAAUGGCGCAACCAUCUGUUACAGACGACAAUGCUUUCAAUACCACUCCAACACAUCUGAACAGCACAGUGAUGGAGCAGGUUCACAGCAGCCCUGAUCCAGGAACUGUGUUUUAUGUUUACUAUUACGGGAUGUUUUCUAUCAUUGCCUGUAUCAAUAUUCCUGGUAACAUCCUGGUCAUCAGAACCGUGAUGAAGACACCCAAUCUACGACAGCCAUGUAAUUUUUAUAUCGUGAGUUUAGCCGUUACGGACUUGCUCAUUGGAUUUAUUUAUCCUGUGUACAAUAUUUCUCAUCUAGAACAUGUACCAGAAAUCAGCCGUCCAUUGGGUCAAUGGAAUGUGUGUCGCUUCUUGGUCACUGAAGUGCUUGCUUUGGAGAUCUGCUCAUCAUAUCACUUAGUGGCAAUCACAGUCACUCGAUACAUUGCCAUUGUUUACCCAUUACGAUAUCAUCUCUACGUCACGACGAGGUCCACAAAGUUCAUCAUAUUUACCAUUUGGGUACUAUCACAAGGAGUAUGCAUUGUAAUGUAUACGAUCUACAAUCCAGAAGAAUACAUCAAGGAGCCCACAAGUGUGUGUCGUUACGAGCUCAUUUUCUCCAUUGCACACGUCUGUGUCCUGUUCUUUAUCCAGCUGUUUCUACCUCUUCUGAUCAUGCUCGGACUGUAUGUGAAAAUCGCCAGAAUUGCAAGGGCACAGGCAAAGAUUAUAGCCCUCCAGGAACGCGUCCCGUGGAAUAACAGUCCAAAAGCCAGCAGUAAUGUUAUUCGUCAUGAACUGAAAUCAACAUUCAUGGUGUCAAUUUUGUUGGGGUGUUUCACAAUAGGAUGGAUGCCGAUGAUGAUAUAUUUCUUCUAUGAAAUAACGUGUGUAAAUUGCUAUGUUACUCCAUUCAUAAGGGCUAGCUGUCGAAUCCUUCUAUUCAUGAACUCGGCUGUAAACGUGUUUAUCUAUGCUGGUCGUCUAGCGGCUUUCCGGAAAAGCAUUAAAAGCGAUUUUACAAAACUUUACAAAGUAUUAUGUUCUUGUGCUGUGCAGGGUUUUAAUAUGAAACAUUCCAACAGCGUCUCGUCCACUAAAUCCGUAGGAACACACACUGACAUCAGCCACAGUAACUGGGAUUUCAGCACCAAUUUAUAGUAUAAAUAAAUGUACGUACCAGGCUAGGAAAAGUGAUUGUACUUUGAUAGAACACAUUACAAAGGUUCUUGGUGAAGCUGAGCAACAUUUGUACCCAGUUCUAUGGACUUUGCGCUGUACGUUGGUGUAUGGAUCCGUCCUGUUUUUACACACUGGAAAUACAUUACAGCUGUAUCUAUAAAAAUAUUUUAUGCACAUAUCGAUUUAUAAAAUAAAGUUUAAAAA